AUGCAUUGGUCGACCUCGGUUCCGCUGCUCUGCAGCUCAAUGCUUACUUUCGUCACGGGCUCGCUUGCGCUGGGGCGGACGGAUAAGCACUAUGCCAUCAUGGACAAUGAUUGGUAUACAGUGGGCUUUGUACCUUAUUUGGUUGCUCUUGAUGGCGAUGUGGAAAUCCUAGGCUUGGCCUCAGAUACCGCCAACAGCUGGCAGCCACAAGGCGCUUUGCACGCAGUGGCAACCUUAGAGGCCGGGAAUCUCAGCUGCAUUCCAGUCUAUCCAGGUGCGACAUGGCCGCUGAUCAAUACCCCCCACCGCUUCCGAGCAUGGGAGAUGAUCCAUGGCAAACUGCCCUGGGAAGGUGCUUUUGCGCCCGAGAAUAAGACUCUGGAGGCUGAGGGCAAUGAUCCCACCUCUGGCGAUCCGGACCGCAUAGUCAAGGAGGCUUUCAAGGAAGGCUUCCCCAAGGGCCGACCGGAAAACUCCACCUCGGCGGCUAACUUCAUGGUCGAGAUGGUGCACAAGUAUCCCGGCCAGGUAUCCAUUUACUCGGCCGGCGCCUUGACCAAUAUUGCGCUUGCUGUGCGUAUGGACCCGCAGUUUGCGUCACUUGCCAAGGAUCUUGUGAUUAUGGGUGGGUAUGUCGACCUGAACAUGCUUCAGGCCACUGGAAGUAUCAUGCUGGCAAAUCACCAGUCUGACAUCAAUCUCAUGAUCGACCCGGAAGCUUCUAAGAUAGCCCUGACGGCGGAUUUCCCCAAUAUCACCAUCGCCGGAAAUGUUGCCAACCAGGUCUUCCCGACCAAGGAGUUCUUGGAAGAAGUUCAUUCGGUUCCAAACCCAUACAGCGAGCUCUUCUAUAAGUAUUACGACCUGUCAUUGCCUUUCUGGGAUGAAACAGCUGCUGCGCUGAUGGUCGACCCUUCUAUCUCUGUCAACCAGACUUCAGUAUAUCUGGAUGUGGACACAUCGUAUGGCAGCCCCAGCUAUGGAAACAUCCAUGUGUACCAGAAGGCACUUGCGCCUCAGGGUAUCCGGGAGGUGAACUAUGUGUUCGAGGUGGAUGGCGAGAAGCUCAUCAGCCGGAUCAAGCAUGCCCUACAGUAUCCCAAAUCCUGUGCGGAUUUGGAGUAG